AUGUCGAGUUUGCCCCAUGGUUUCCCUGCCGGCUUUUCCUCGCCCCUGGCUUGGACCGGACAGCAAUUUGCUCACCAGUCUGACUACAUCCACCACCUGGAUGCGGACGAGAUUCACGAGAUUGAAGCCGCUCUCAAGCACUUCAAGGCACUGGAAUUGGAUGGAGAUCUCGCCACCCCUGACAAUUUCCCGCUUCCCACGGUUGGCCCCAAGGUGCUGAGCCGUAUGCGCAGCGAUAUUUACCAGGGAAAGGGAUUCGCUGUGCUUCGAGGACUCGACUCCAAGAAGUACUCUGUUGAGGACUUGACGACCAUCUAUCUCGGAGUCCAAGCACACAUUGCCAACCGAUUCGGUCGCCAGGACAAGAAGGGCAACAUGCUGGUUCACAUCAUUGCCGACGACACUUCCAAGCAAAGGGCUGAGCACCACCGCCAUUCGACUUCUCCCAUUACUUUCCACAACGAGGAGGCUGGCGACAUCAUCAGCUGGCUCACAAGAAACGCGGCCAAAUCUGGAGGCAAAUGCAUUAUCGCGUCGACCUACACUGUCUACAAUGUGCUUGCGGCCACCCGCCCGGACCUGAUCCGCACGCUGGCUCGAUCCGACUGGCCUUUUGCUCUGCCCAAGUUCCAAUGUCGACCCGUUUUCUUCCACCACGACGGCCAUCUGAUCACCAACUUUGGUAGAGCUGCUCUCAUGGGGAGCGCCAGCCACGCUAGACCUGCUCACUUGCCAACACUCACUGCUGCCCAAGUGGAGGCCCUGGACGCUAUCCAGGAUAUUGCCGAAGCGACCAAGUUCGAGUUCACCACCCAGCCAGGCGACAUUCAUUUCAUCAACAACCUGGCGGUCCUCCACCGACGCGCGGGCUUUGUCAACGGCUCUGAGCCCAACCAGCGCAGGCACCUUGUUCGCAUGCGGCUCCGUGAUGACGAGAUGGGAUGGGGCAUUCCCCUUGAGCUGGAGGAUGAGUGGAAGAAGGCCUUUGGCGAGACGGGAACCCGUGUGUGGCACCUGGAGCCCAUGCCUUCUGGCUACUUUCCUCUGCGAUCCCAGCCCAACUAG